AUGUGCGGCUUCUCCCACAUUCUUUACACCGAGUGCGGGCAUGAGGACAUCUCCUCUACAGCCCAAAAUACCCUGCUUUGCGACUACGCAAGGAUGUUCCAUCUUGUCCAGGGCAUCGACUGUGCACCAGCCAUAUGCAUCCCGUCCGUAGAUACCCCGACCAGAAUCGUAGCAAAUCAAAACAUUUUCGGGCACUGCGAAGACUGCCGGACUCAAAUUGAUCUUGAGCGCGGUGGGGACCAACGUGUACAGCAGAAGCAUGCUCACGUCAACCCAAAAGCUACUGGCGACUACGACCAACAAGAGUUGGGCGAACUAAACAAUCUCCGCGCCUAUGUCGAGGGGAUGACCAUGUCGGGCAUGAAGAUUGCCGAAUCGUUCGAGGCAUAUCUUCCCUCUGCGGCGAAGGUGCUACACCGCAUGGCGCAUCCUGAGCUCCAGGCCAUACUUUCCAAGCCGGGGCCGGCUAAGUACAACAACUUAUACCUCACCGCACUCAAAGAGUGCAGUAACUGGCUCCCCAUCUUGGAGGCGUAUAUCCAGCAGCGAGCUCCUAACAAGUUGUUCGCCGAUACAAUGCUUUUCGUAUUCCACAAAGCGGAAAAGGCUGCUCUGAUCAUGGAUCAGUUCAAUGAACUUGCUAUAUGUCUUAACGGAUAUCAACCCUCAUCGGCAUCACAGAGCUUCAACGGUAGCGAGGCGCGGUUGGCUUACUUGGUGAACCUCCUCUUGGGAAUACAUACCAGUAUACCCGACGCUCCUCCGCAAGGUUUCUUCCUGUACGAAGAGGACUUCAAACCUUCUUUCAACACACUGCUGACCUUCCAAAUUCGCGAGGCCGUUCGUCAGGCAUAUCUCAACAAGCCCAUGAAGCGCGCUGAGCAAAAGUCCUCGCGAAAAGCAGCAGGUGUGCUGAACAAGAACGGGCUCACAACGGGUAUUUACAAGGGCCUGUUGCCUGAGGAGCCGGCCAUAAAUAUCAAAGUGGAGCAUAUUCCUAUUCCCGAUGACCAUGAUUCGGGCAUCGUCGACAAGAAAGCAGUGUACGGUGUCAAGGACCCCAGCAAACGAGAGGGUCAAGAGGUACUAAACACUCAUCCUGCCGACGACAAAGCCGUCACACGAACAUCCUCUUGGAAUGGCGAGCAACAUGCGGAUCCAAGCAACCACACUCAGUCCAUAACCUCUUCAUCCACAGGCCCACACGUAUCCUCUUCUGUCCGUGGAGAACCUUCACUAGCGGACGACGACACUCCACGAACGACCCCUGCCGCCUCGCAAAAGGCCUCUUCAUCCAACUACCCAUCUGCUUCAACGCGUGCCCGUGGCACAAAGCGCAAGCGUGGAGGAAUGCAAGAGUCCACUAGCAGGGGAUAUGGCUUCGUGUACUCCUCCUCCUCAGACGACGACGAGAAUCAGGCUGACGAAGAGGAGGCGAAAUCUGCACCCGCACAGUCUGUGACGAAGAAUGUCAGCGGAGAGAGCAGUGAAGAGAAAGAGGAAGCUGAAGGCGUACAGCAACGCGCCCCAAGCCCCGCGUUGUCUUCUCCACUUUCCUCGCUUGCUUCACAAUCGCCGCGUACACCUUCGCCUUUGCCAACACUGACGCGGUCGCAACCAGUGAAGAAGGCGCGCCUCACGGGUCCAAAGGGUGCUAGUGAUAAGGCGCGUUCUCUUUGA